AUGUCAUAUGACAUGCGUCACCCCAUGAAAAGUUGGCCAAUUGCCCUGAAUAAGUUCGGAGUGUUCACGAUCACUAUGGGUGGAACUACGGUCGGAUACCCUGCCGGUCAAAUCAAGCUUGUGAACGGACGCGUCGCAAAUAGGCCUCCUCCCGCAGCUGUGAAGUUCCCUUCUCCCCAUAUUUUUGGCUGUGCAACAUGCGUGUUCCUGGCUCGCCGAUGGUCGUCAUCACGUAUGUGGAGAAACGAAACUCCGCCAGCACGAAGCUACGGACAGGGUCGGAUAAUAAUGCUUGAGACGGAACUUGAGAUUCAGAAAAUCUUGGACUCUGAGCGUGCGGGACAGAAACUGAGGCUGGAUGCUGUCAGAGGAAGUCUCGUAGAUUCUUCUUCCCAAAAACAAGCCCAUCUCUUCGAAACGUAUAUUACAAUCUUGUUACGCGCAAACACGUCAACUUGCCGAUCCGAGGUACACGGUGAAUAA